GGAGCGCUGAGAGGGCUGGGAGGUGCUGUCGCGCGCCAUGGCGGCGCUCGGUGCCUACCGCUGCAUCGAGUGCAACGGGGAGGCGGCGGAGCUGUACCGGGACUACCGGCGCGGGGUGCUCCGCAUCUCCAUCUGCAAAUCCUGCCAGAAACCUGUGGACAAAUAUAUUGAGUAUGAUCCUGUUAUCAUCUUGAUUAAUGCUGUCUUAUGUAAAGCACAAGCAUACAGGCACAUUCUUUUCAAUACAAAGAUAAAUAUUCAUGGAAAGCUCUGCAUAUUUUGUUUGCUCUGUGAAGCUUAUAUCAGGUGGUUGCAGCUACAGGAUUCAAGCCAAAAUACAGAUCCUGAUGACUUAAUCAGAUAUGCCAAAGAAUGGGAUUUUUAUAGAAUGUUUGGCAUAGCUUCUUUAGAACAAACUUCAUUUUUCAUUGGCAUUUUUAUUACCUUAUGGUGGAUGACACCUGAAAUGCUGAAAAGAAAGUCUGACUUCAUUUUACUUCUCAAAGCACUGCUGUUGUCCACCUAUGGAAAGCUUUUGCUAAUCCCAGCUGUUAUUUGGGAACAUGACUACACACCUUUGUGCCUUGCGUUUAUAAAAGUGUUUGUCUUGAUAUCAAACUCUCAGGCAAUUAGAGUUACAUUGAACUUGAAUCGAAUACUCCCUUGGUUUGCCAUCUUCUUUGGAUUAAUUUUGGAAAAUGGUGUGGUCUGCUUGUUCCAGAAGAUGGGAUGGGAUGUUUGAAAUGGUCAGCCCAGAUAUGAAGAAAUACCAACACUAUGAUUAUCAUUUUCUAAGAAUGAUCUCUGCCAGCAGGCUCUAAAGACACUAUUUUCAUAAUGAUAAAAAAGAUGAUAGAUAACAAAAACUUGGGUGGGUUUAGACAGUUUCAGAAUGAGUUAAAAUGAGAAACUUCAGAAGUUUAGCUCUUUACUGUGAUGAGCCAUAAAACUUCAGCCUUAGCUUGUUUAUUUUCUCAUUAAAAAUAGGAACGUGUCACCAUCCUAAUAAUUUUAUAAAUCUGCCUGCAUAGCUAUGGCUGCUAGAAAACAGGUACACUUAAAAAACCCAGCACUUCUACCAAUCACUGCAUUUUGGCAUUAAGAGGAGGAUGAAUUGUUCCCUUAAGAGGAAGGGAAGCAGCGGAAAAAUGUAAAAGCUAAAAUUUAUAUUUCCACAACACCAGAUUUUCAGAGAAACAAGUGAACAUGUGCAAACAGUUUAUUAGAGAAAAGGCAAGUAUUGCACAAUAAAACUUCAGUGGGAAAACCAAGAGCAUUCUCCGGAAUGUUUAUGUAACACUCCAAAAUAAUAAAAUAUCUAGUUCUAGAGUAAUCUCUAGGAACGAUAGUUGUAACUGGCUUGAAAUUUUCUGUGAUCUCAUAAAUGCUGCUGCUUUGUUUUGAAAGCUGAAAAGAGAGUAAAAGAACUCUGAUCCCCAACAUACAUGGUUGUUCAGGAUACCGCUACUUCUGCAUUUAAUAUUAAGUCACAUCCCCCACACCCAGCCCUCAUCUGGCAGCAGGUUUAGCAGAAGCAAAAAGUGAAAUAUUAGGCUGUUCAGCAACAGAGUAGUACUUUAAAAAAACAAACAAAUGAACAAAAAUGUUUAGGCCUAAAUUAGUGAAGAAACAAAGUUUUGCACCCUUUUCAUCAGCAAGCAGAGAGAGGGGAAGAUGGCCGACAAAGGAGCUGGCAGAAUGAGUUUCCACCGGACAAUAAUUAGGACACAAACUCACUUCUUUUGUGCAAACCAGUUUCCAUUACAUUCCAUCCAAUGUUUCAUUCUCCUGCUUCAGUUCUGGAAGGCUGCACUAUCCAUAGAUAUUACUUCCAUUCUUUGUUUUCCUCAGAUACUGUCUCCGGUCUCUGUUUUGCAAAAUGAAUCAAAAACGUUUUGCAACAAGCUAAUUGCCGACAGGUUUAGAGUAAGUCUAGAUUAUGACCAUAGAAGACAUCAAACAUGUUUGUCUGAUGCAACUGCCCUUGCUAUAUAAGUUAUUUGGUCAGAAAAGCAAAUGGUUGCUGAUUCUGUUUUGUUAGGUUGGAGGCUGACAGCACUUGUGUUAUUUGUGUUACACUUUACAGCUUCCUGGGCAUGUAAGAGAAGGCAAAAAACCCCAAAUUGCAACCUUUUAAAGUAUGUGAGACUCUUGAUUGGUAAUAAAUUAAACUAAUUUCCCAAA